AUGGACUCCAAAGAGCUGGAUACCGAAGCUAUCAAGCCCGCGCUCAUCCCAACAGAUGAGGAGGUAGGCGAAGGUCGCUUGGACAAGAUCGAGCUGGAAAAGGACGAAGAGAACAAGAAUGAAGAGUUUAGCUAUGAAUCGCAUCGCUCUCCGUUUCCCGAAGUGAGGGCUGUCGUCCCCGAGACAGACGAUCCUACGAUGCCAGUGAAUACCGUUCGAAUGUGGAUCCUGGGCAUCAUUUUCACCAUGUUCGGCUCAGGUAUUAACCAAUUCUUCUCGCUGCGGUAUCCAUCAGUGCAUAUCGUAGCCCUGGUGGCCGAACUACUAGCCUAUCCGAUGGGUGUAUUCCUCGCAAAGACACUCCCUCUCACAUCCAUCAGUCUCGGUCCUCUGGGAACGUUCGUUCUCAAUCCCGAUAGAUCGUUCAACAUCAAGGAACACGCUCUCAUCGUAAUUAUGAGCAAUGUCUCCUUCGGCUAUGCCACCGCAGACUCAACGAAUAUCAUCCAAGCAGCGAGUAAAAACUUCUACGACUUCAACCUCAAACCAGGCUUCUACGUCCUCAUCGUCCUCGUCGCCCAACUCCUCGGCUUCGGCGUCGCAGGUCUCGCUGCCCCAUGGCUCGUCGAACCGGCUCGCAUCAUCUGGCCCGGCGUGCUCUCAAAUUGCGCCAUGCUAGAGACUUUGCACUCACGCGCAAACCGCGUCGCAGACGGCUGGCGCAUCUCCCGUCUCCGAUUCUUCAUGUACGUCAUGACUGGCGCAGGUCUCUGGUAUUUCUUCCCCGGACUGAUCUUCACUGCCCUCUCCUACUUCACCUGGGUUUGCUGGAUCGCGCCGAAGAACGUCAUCGUCAAUCAACUCUUCGGUAUGCAGACCGGUUUGGGUCUGAGUCCGAUUACUUUCGACUGGAGCCAGAUCGCCUAUAAUACGAACCCGCUCCUCUCGCCCGCAUGGGCCGCAUUGAAUGUCUUUGCUGGAUUUGCCUUUUUCUACUGGAUCGUCACCCCGGCUCUUUACUACACCAAUACCUGGUAUACUGCAUAUCUCCCACUGAUGACUGCCGAUGUAUAUGACAACACUGGCGCGGUCUACGAUACAUCCCGAGUCAUCUCAGCGGAUAACACUCUCGACAUAGCAGCGUAUCGCAAGUAUUCACCUCCCUACUUAAGCGCGACUUUCGCUUUCGUGUACGGGCUCUCAUUCGCCGCCAUCACUUCCGUCCUGAGCCAUAUCGCUAUCUGGCACAGUCGAGAUCUUUGGGCUGCUAUGAAAGGACGUAACAAGCUAGACAUUCACGCUCGUCUGAUCCGUGCCUCAUACCGCCGGACACCGUGGUACUGGUAUGCGGCCAUCAUCGUGGUUAUUAUGGCCAUGGCCAUUGCCAUGGUUGAAGUCUACGAGACUAAGCUACCUGUUUACGGUAUCUUCCUGGGUCUGUUCAUCCCCGCUAUAUAUAUGGUUCCUUGUGGAAUAGUACAGGGCAUCACGAACGUGGACGCAAAUCAGCUGAAUGUGCUCGCGGAGUUUAUUGGCGGGUACAUGUUCGAAGGAAAGCCAUUGGCGAAUAUGAUUUUUAAGAUCAUUUCUACGGAUGUCGUGGGACAGGGUGUAUACUUUGCGAUGGACAUGAAGUUGGCGCAUUAUUUGAAGGUGCCGCCGAGGAUUUGUUUCGUAGCGCAGGGUGUCGCUACUAUCCUCGGUGCGCUGACCCAGGCCGGUGUUACGUUAUGGAUGCUGGGGAAUAUUUCAGGCAUUUGCGAGUCUGAUCAGUCAGAUGGGUUCACGUGUCCGAAUGGAAGGACGGUGUAUUCGUCUUCCGUUAUUUGGGGUCUUGUUGGGCCGAGAAGGCUUUACUCGGCCGGCAAAAUCUACUCUUCUUUGUUGCACUUUUUCUGGAUUGGAGCUCUGGCUCCGGUUGUGACGUUUUUGCUCUACCGGUAUACCAGGAAGCAAUUCUGGAAGUUUAUCAAUUGGCCUUUGAUCUUCGUGGGCACUUAUAAUGUUCCGCCUGCUACCGGUAUAAAUUACUCCAGUUGGGCUGUGGUCAACUUUAUCUUCAAUCACUUCAUUAAGCGUCGCUUCUUUGGUUGGUGGACAAAGUAUAACUACAUUCUCGCUGCUGCACUUGAUACUGGUCUCGCGCUAAGCGGCAUUAUCAUCUUCUUCUGCAUCUCGUAUCCAGGCGCUACUUUUCCUGACUGGUGGGGGAAUACUGUGUACCUGAACACUGCAGAUGCGGAGGGUGUAUCAUUCAAAGCAAUGCCAGCAGUUGGCUAUUUUGGGCCUGCCAAUGGGACGUGGAGUUGA